AUCACCUGACAGUCUCAACGUCUCAGAUAGCCGGGCAGCGGCAGCAGCAGCAGCGGGCACACAGGGCGCAGCGUCACCCGGGAACAGCAGCAGCAGCGGGUACACAGGGCGCAGCGUCACCCGGGCACAGCAGCAGCGGGCACACAGGGCGCAGCGUCACCCGGGAACAGCAGCAGCAGCGGGCACACAGGGCGCAGCGUCACCCGGGAACAGCAGCAGCGGGCACACAGGGCGCAGCGUCACCCGGGAACAGCAGCAGCAGCGGGCACACAGGGCGCAGCGUCACCCGGGAACAGCAGCAGCGGGCACACAGGGCGCAGCGUCACACGGGCACAGCAGCAGCAGCGGGCACACAGGGCGCAGCGUCACCCGGGAACAACAGCAGCAGCGGGCACACAGGGCGCAGCGUCACCCGGGCACAGCAGCGGGCACACAGGGCGCAGCGUCACCAGGGCACAGCAGCAGCGGGCACACAGGGCGCAGCGACGCCCGGGCACAGCAGCAGCGGGCACACAGCGCGUAGCGUCACCCGGGCACAGCAGCAGCGGGCACACAGGGCGCAGCGUCACCCGGGCACAGCAGCAGCGGGCACACAGGUUGCAGAACCAUCCGGGCACAGGUGGCACAGCACAGGGCGCAGCAUCACCCGGGCACUAGCUGGCACAUAGACUCCUAGCACCAGUCAGUGGAAAUGUCCCCGCUCAGGGUGAGCAUCAUCGGCUCCGGCAACUGGGGUUCCGCUAUCUCCAAAAUCAUUGGUAAUAACACCAAGAGGUCCAACCGCUUCCAUCCGGUGGUGAACAUGUGGGUGUACGAGGAGAUGGUCCAGGGACGGAAGUUAACGGAAAUCAUCAAUCAGGAUCAUGAGAAUGUCAAGUACCUACCUGGUCACCCAUUGCCCCGGAAUGUUGUGGCUGUGCCGGAACUGGUGGAUGCUGUAGCCGGCACAGAUAUCCUGGUUUUUGUGGUGCCCCAUCAGUUCAUCAACAGGAUCUGCGACCAGCUGGUUGGCCACCUGAAAACUGGAGCAUUUGGGAUCUCUCUGAUCAAGGGAGUGGACGAAGCGCCGGAUGGACUGAAGCUGAUCUCCGACAUUGUACGGGAGAAACUGGGCAUAGAAGUCAGUGUCCUGAUGGGCGCAAACAUCGCCAGCGAGGUGGCCGAUGAGAAGUUCUGUGAGACCACCAUUGGAUGUAAGAACCUGCGGCACGGGCAGAUCUUUAAAGAGCUGAUGCAGACACCAAACUUCCGUAUCACGGUGGUGGAGGACUGCGACACUGUGGAAAUCUGUGGGGCCCUGAAGAACAUCGUGGCUGUGGGAGCCGGCUUUUGCGACGGUCUUGAAUUCGGUGAUAAUACCAAGGCCGCAGUCAUCCGGCUGGGGCUCAUGGAGAUGAUCGCUUUUGCCCGGCUCUUCUGUAAAGGCUCCGUGGCCACCAGCACCUUCCUGGAGAGCUGCGGCGUUGCCGACCUCAUCACCACCUGCUAUGGGGGCCGGAAUCGCAAGGUGGCGGAAGCCUUUGCCAAGACCGGGAAAUCCAUCGAGGAACUGGAGAAGGAGAUGCUGAACGGGCAGAAGCUGCAGGGACCCCAGGCCUCAGCGGAGGUAUACAAGAUCCUCAAGCAAAAGGACAUGAUUGACAAGUUCCCCCUGUUCGUGGCUGUGUACAGGAUCUGCUACGAGGGGCGCCCGGUCCUGGAAUUUAUCUCCUGUCUGCAGAACCACCCCGAGCAUUACUAGCACAGAGGAUAAUGGAUGCCCCCUGAACCGUAUCCUCCAUUGUCUGACGCUGAACCAUCAGUAACUGCGCCUAUACUGCAACGCCGCAUACUUCCACGCCGCCAGGAGAGGAUUCCGCCUCUUCCAGCGUAUGAUUUGCUGCCUCGGAGAAACGCUGCUCUUUUUGUUUCCGUUCCCUCUGUUGCAGCUGAGGAUGAAUGUACGAGAUAUUGUAUGAUCUAUAAUCACUCUAAUAACCGGCCGCGCUCUACCUAAUGCAUUGCGAGGAAGGGGACGGUGAUUGCUAGAAGCAGGGCAGGAGCGGAACACUAUAUCACUUGGCUGUAGUUCUGUCACUGGGGCAGGGAGCUGAUGCUUCUUAUCUGAUCAGUAACUGGUAACGCAUAAGUCCAGUGACAGAUCCCCAGUCUGUAUUCUAUCGUUCAUUAUCUCCGGUGAGACUAGAUUCUAAUAAUACACAGGGGAGAUGUAUUAUUACAGCACUUAUCAUGCUGAUAAAGCUCUUCCUGCUUCUUCCCUAUCGAGGCAAAUAGGAAGAAAUAACGCAGAGAUGUAUUAACAAAUAAUAAAAUAUAUAUGUGAUAUAAAAUGUAUACUCUUAAUGCGGAGAAUGUGAAUAAAUUGCUGGUACGCGCACAUUAGGCUAUACAGUGUUCCCUGGCCUGUAAUCCGGACACUGCGCACGGUAUGACAGCAGGAGCCAGGUAAAGAGAUCCGCAGUCGCCGGUCGAGGCCUCGUGUGAUAAUCUGAGGGUAUAACGGACUAUCCAUGUCAAAUUAAAAGAUUGGUGACUAAUUCUCCCUUAAAAAAGGGGCUUAUUGUAUUUGGUGGAAUAACCAUGGAUUUUACAAGGGACACAUAUCAAUCAAACCAAAUUCUAGUUCUUAUUUACCAUAAAACUAUGUUUCUAUAAAGAAUGAAUUAGCAAUAUAGCGGUAUAGAUCAUGCAUGUUAAACUCAUGGUCAUCCAGCUGUUGUGAAACUACAAGUCCCAGCAUGCUUUACCAGCUGAUCAGUGGAAGGUAUGCUGGCAAAGCAUGCUGGGACUUGUAGUUUCACAACAGCUGGAGGGCCACGAGUUUGACAUGCCUGGUAUAGAUACUUCAGAGGGAAGUAGGUGGCGUUAUACAUAUAUAUUUUUACUGCUUGCUCUGGAUAAAUCCCAGUAUUGUGCUCUCUUUUCAUUUAUAAAUUUAAUUUGCUGAUUCAAAA